AUGACGAGCAAGAGCAUCUUGAAUUUGGGACAGAAAUUCUCCGUGCUUAUUGUGGAUGAUGAUAAAAUUAUUCGAAGAAUUCAUAAGGUGCUUUUGAAUAAAUUUGGAUGUCAAAGUCAUGCGGUUGAAAAUGGAAAAGAAGCAGUAGAUCUUUAUGUCUCUGGAAAACAUUUCGAUCUUAUUCUUAUGGAUAAGGAAAUGCCAGUCAUGGAUGGACCUAAGGCAACACAAGAGCUUCGAGCCAUGGGUGUCAACAACAUGAUUGUAGGAGUGACCUCAAGGGGGUUGGACUCAGAGAAACAAGCAUUCACAGAAGCUGGUCUUGAUUACUGUGUCCAGAAACCACUAACCUCUGAAACAAUCACCUCUCUGCUACAAGAGCUAGCUAAGAAAUACUAA